GUGUGACUUAUAGUCUGAUAAAUGCAGCAUUUGCACACUGUAAUAUUUUCUAAGCACUUUACUGUCCAUUGCAAUAGUGUAAAUUAUGUUCAUAUGUUCAAAGUUCUGCCUAUAGUGUACAUACACAUUUACAUGUGCUUUAAUGGACAAAUGAUUGCAUGCAUGAAAGUUCAAUCUUUUCCCAUCAUGCUUAGACUUAAUGUGUUCAUAACAUUGCCAAAAGUAUUAUGUUUUGGUUUGGUAAGUGAGAAAUACACUGGUAAACCUUUAGUGACACUUUUCUGACUAUGUUUGGAUUAUGCAAAUAAGUUAGUUCCACAGGAGAAAAGAAGGGUGAGCCACAGCGUAUCCUACUACUCUGAUGGAAACAGCCAAUCACAGCCUGGAAAUGGAGAAAGCCAGAUUGCAAUCUCCUCCUCAUCGAAAAGAGAUAAAUGUACCUUCCCAAAAGACACUCCUUACCAAUGAAGAAUCAUCCAUUCCCAGAGAAACGAUGCUCCAGUGCAGACUCAGGCGACGUCUCGUCAUGUUAUAUCCACUAACAGACAGACCCCUGUACUGCAGGAUAUGCUGAAUGUGCCCGCGCUGGACAGGUGUUUAAUGGUUUUGGGCUGAGCAGGGAGGCCUGGAUAGUGCUGUUGGAUCUUCUGAAAAGUGCCACAAUCCAGUCCCUGGUGUUUUUUUUUCUGUCUGCCGGUGCAUCAUUGUUAUGUCCCAAGACGUAUUUUAUUGUUGUUAAUACUGUGAAAUUCUGUGUGUAAUAAUUGUGCCUCCCUGAUGCCUAACAUCCUUUUGGGAAGUGUAGUUGUUGCCUGUUUUCCUCUGUUCCUCACUGUCCUCUCAAAGGAACUUAUUGAUGUUACCUGUUCCUCGUCAGCACUGUGAAGAGGAGCUUGUAUUUAAACAGAGGGAACAGACUGUUCAUCAGAGGGAGUUUGGACUUGUCUGUUUUCUCAGAUGGUAUAACAUUCUGAGAGUCUUUUUUCCCCCUCGGGAAUUACGGAGGAUCACGUUAUGGGAGCCGCGAGUGAGGUAGUGACACAGUGACGUUUCAGCGUGACGUCGGAAGCACAUGUGCGUCAACUAUGGAGCAGCAGCAACCUUUACUGCGAUGUCAAGGAGAGUAGGAGUAGGGGUGGUCUGAACCGAGACUGCUUAAGCCUUUCUCCAUUCAUCGCUCAUUAUUCACCGGAUGAACUCUGACCGAGCAAGUCACCUGCUAUCCUUCAUGAUGGACCAAUGGUCAACUGUCCACUGACCCUCCACUGAUCAUCCAGGGGCCACAUCACUCCGUGUGCUCCUCUACACACCUCACAGCAUCAUGGGGGCCAUAGUCCAGAUGCACUUCAGCACAGUGGAUUAUGUGAUUUUUGUCGUGCUGCUAGUGGCCUCUGCUGGAAUCGGUCUUUACUAUGCCUUCUCAGGGGGUCGUCAGAGGACCACACAGGAGUUCCUGCUGGCCGACCGCAGCAUGCGCUGCCUUCCGGUGUCCCUUUCACUGCUAGCCACCUUUCAGUCAGCGGUGGCCAUCCUGGGUGCCCCAUCUGAGAUUUACACACAUGGCACGCAGUAUUGGUUCCUGGGCUGCUCCUACUUCCUGGGCCUGCUCAUCCCUGCACACAUUUUCAUACCAGUUUUCUAUCGGCUCCGUCUUAGCAGCGCGUAUCAGUAUCUGGAACUUCGUUUUAGUAAAAGUGUUCGGAUAUGUGGCACUUUGACCUUCAUCUUUCAGAUGGUGAUCUAUAUGGGAGUUGUUCUGUAUGCUCCAGCACUUGCACUUAAUGCAGUAACAGGUUUUGACCUUUGGGGAGCAGUGCUGGCCAUAGGAUUGGUGUGCACACUUUAUACAGCUCUGGGUGGUCUGAAAGCAGUGAUCUGGACAGAUGUGUUUCAGACAGUUGUUAUGUUUGCGGGGCAGCUGGCAGUGAUUAUAGUUGGUACCCAUCAGGCAGGUGGCAUCGCUGAAGUUUGGAGGAAAGCACAAAACGGCAGCCGUAUCUCAGGCCUUGACCUGAACCCCGACCCUUUAGAGAGGCACACAUUCUGGACUCUGGGAGUGGGGGGGGUUUUCCUCAUGCUGGCCCUGUAUGGAGUGAAUCAGGCUCAGGUCCAGAGAUACCUCUGCUCCCGCACAGAGAAAGAGGCCAUCAUGUCCUGUUAUGCGGUGUUCCCAUGUCAGCAGAUCGUGCUCACGUUGGGCUGUUUAAUGGGUCUGGUUAUGUACGCUCGAUAUGGGGAGGAGAGCCCACUGGAUCAGGGCUAUGUCAAAAGCAAUGACCAGAUGGUGCUGUACUUUGUAAUGGAUGUGUUGAGAGAUCUUCCUGGUUUACCAGGACUGUUUGUCGCCUGUCUGUUUAGUGGAGCUCUCAGCACAAUCUCAUCUGCCUUCAACUCCCUUGCAACGGUCACCAUGGAGGAUCUGAUCAAACCUCACGUACGACCCAUGACGGAGGCCCGUGCCACCCUGUUAUCAAAAAUGUUGGCUCUUGCCUAUGGUCUUGUGUGUCUGGCUAUGGCAUACAUCGCCUCUUUAAUGGGCUCUGUGCUGCAGGCAGCACUCAGUAUAUUUGGGAUGGUGGGUGGACCUCUGCUUGGCCUUUUCUGUCUGGGGAUGUUUUUCCCUUGGGCCAAUUCCACUGGUGCUCUGGUUGGGCUGGCAUCAGGGCUGGUCAUGGCUUUCUGGAUCGGUAUCGGCAGCUUUGUUUCACGAAUGUCUGCAUCUGUACCACCGGUGAUAAAUACCACUGUCAUACCUGAUUUGGGAAACAUGACAACAGCUGUGAUGACCACACUCAUCACAUCUAAACCAAGGCCUUCUGGAGUUCAGGCUUUGUACUCUCUAUCAUACAUGUGGUACAGUGCUCAUAAUUCUGCCACGGUUGUAGUGGUGGGACUUCUGGUCAGCUUUCUUACAGGGCCCUGGAAAGAGAAAGAUUUAAACCCAGGUACAAUUUACCCUGUGCUUGGCAAUCUGCUGUUCUUUCUGCCCCAACGCUACAGGGAGAAACUCUGCUGUGUUACUCCACUGGAAGACAAUUCCAAAGGCCCGGACCAUCAGCAUUACCAGAUGGCCCAGAAAGAGAGCAAUGGCGUUGCUUAUACUAAAGAGGAAGACAAGCUCAGGGAAGAGGAAGGAGAAGGAGAAAGAUAACCGCCCAGCCUACUUGUAACCUUGCUCAUACAGUGCAGGAAACAGCUUUGUGAAAUCUCCCUCACAGCAACAAACCCAAAGGGUCUUAGUUUCCCACAGGCUCUGGGAAGAACAAAAUCUCACAGUUUUCUCCUCUUAAUAAGUUCAUAAGUUGUGGGUUGUGCUGUGGUCCCUUUACAAUAUUGGUACGCUGUGCCCUCAACUGCCAGUGAUUGAGGCGAGGGGUUGUCUUAUUUAUAUGUGAUACUUUAUGAUGUUUA